AUGCGCAGCAUCUGCAUCAAGGCGCGCGACCGGCAGCGCCGCCUGCUCUCGUACGUCCUGUCGGCGCCGCAGCGCUUGGAUCGCUACCUGGAGUCGAGCUGGUGGCGCAGGUGGAUGUGGGCGGGCAUCUCGCUGAGCGCCGGCUUCUACGCAGGAAAUAUUGCCACGUUGUCAUUCGGCGCCCUGGCUGUAAAUGACGUGCUGGCAGCAGUCAUCACGCUCAUGUUCUGCGAGGUGGUGACGCAUCUUUACUACAGCACCGAGAAGCCAAGCCUGUUCAUCUGGUUCCUUAACAACUUCAAGAUGGGCCUGAUCGCAGCAAUGCUGGCAGAUGCUGCCAAGCUGGGCAGCUGA